AUGUCAACAGAACAAGUUGUUCUUAACUUGGAUGAAUAUCAUAUUCUGAGUUUGGCAAUUGUUUCAGUCAAAAAGCGUAGGAUGCUACAGAUGACGAUCGUUUCAUCAACUCUACGAAAUCAAAGGCUAGCUAUGCAAGAACACGAACCAUCCCCUCAAGUCUGUAAGAAUGCUUUACAAGAGAUUGAAGAAAUACUACAAAAGCUACGUAUUGGGAGACGGCAACGAUAUGAAUACCAAAUUGUUAUAUCCUGCAGUAAGGAAUAUAACAAUUUGAGCAAAUCACAUUUGCAUCUACUAGACAUAUGCAAACAUAAAGAAAUUUUGCCAUGUGGGUGCAGAGGAUUUGAAACAUCACGGUUUAAAAGGUUGUUUCUAGAUGAUACAUCAAUGACAGAGAAUUUAAGUGCGAAUGACUUGUUGGAUGUUUGUAAAUGUGUCAGUCGUGACUGGAAGCAGCUAGCAAUCAGAUUGGGAUUCAGUUUGGCAGAAAUUCAUUGUAUUGCAGCUGAUAACCAGAAGAUAGAAGAUGCAGUUCUGCAGAUGCUUGUAAAAUGGAAGCAAAGACAAGACUCGAAUGUAAAUAUACUCUAUGUUAUGAGGAAUGCGCUUCGAGAACAAGGAUAUAACAGACUUUCUGAAAAAAUUGGAAGAGACAAUCAAUUUUCACAUAACUGGGAAGAACUUAUGAACAGUGGACCAUAUGAAUAG